UGUCUGUCUGUCUGACAGCGGAGAGUCAACUCCCAGUGGACUGACCAAGUCUACUAGGUUCAUAUUUAGCUGAUGUGAUCCAAUAACUAGUUGUUUUUUUAUCCUGUUCAGAAAAAGGGACGAUGGAGGCGGACUCAGUCUUCUACACUGAUCACAGUGGGGGAGUCCGCAGUAACCCGCUGCUGGACCAGCUCCCCAGCUACCAGUCCCUGCUGUACCGCAGGAAGUCUUCGACCACCACCAAACGUAGAGGCAGCUCCAGAGGCCGACUCGGCUCCUCUGGCAGCGGGAAAUGGGGCAUCAGCACUUUCAGCAGACGUGAGGAGAAACAGAAGAGUCAGACGGAGGAGAGGGCGAUCAGGGAGCUGCCCAAGGCCAUGGCCGAGAAACGCAGAGACAAAACGCAGCGCAUGGAGGAGGAUCGAGAGCUCAGCAGCUGGAGACAGUUGAGUCAAAGCACCCGCAGGAACCUGAAGAGGCUGAAGGAUGAUUGCCACCAAUGGCUGAGCUCCCUGAAGCUCUGGAGGGGAGACAUCCACCUGAUCGAGGGGAUGUUCGGCACGGGGAUCCUGUCGUACUUCUCCUUCCUGCGCUUCCUGGUCAUGCUCAACUUUAUCAUCUUUGUGCUCAUGUUCAGCUUCGUCAUGUUACCCAUCAUCGUGGCCCGCAGCGCCUCAGGGAAUAUCACCUACAGCCAGGAUGAUGGAGGUGUGUGCAGAGUGUAUCCCAGCAGUGCUCGGCUGGGUCUGGUCAUCUUUCAUGAGCACAUUACAGAUCUGCUGUCUGGUGGAGGCUUCCUGGAACAGACGUAUCUCUUCUACGGCCACUACAAGGCGGAUCAAAUACACUUUCCCAACACCACUUACAAUUUGCCACUGGCCUACCUGUUGGCCACCAUAGCCUACCUGUUCCUCAGCCUCAUCUGGAUUGUUAAAAGGUCUGCCACAGGAUUCAAGCGUAACCUGAUUCAGGAUGAGGAUCGCUUUCAGAGCUUUUGCAACAAGAUUUUUUCCGGCUGGGACUUCUGCAUCACCAACGAGAACGCCGUGAGGCUGAAGAGGAGCAGCCUGCUCUACGAGCUCAGGACGGAUUUGGAGGAAGAAAGAAUCAAACAGAAAAUAGCCGAUCGAACCCGUAAAGAGAGGUGUCGGAUCUACGUCCUGCGCCUCAUUCUCAACCUGUUUGUCAUCGGCGUGCUGGCUGCCUGCUUCUACAGCAUUUAUGUUGCUACCAUCUUCUCCCAGAAGGUUCAGAUGGAUAAAAUAAAGGAGAAUUUCAUCGUGGAUCUGAUCUACGAGUAUCUACCCUCCAUCGUCAUCACUCUGGCCAACUUCAUCACCCCCCUCCUCUUCUCCGUUAUCAUCAAUUUUGAGGACUACUCUCCCGCCUUCGAGAUCCGCUUCACUCUCAUGAGGUGUGUCUUCAUGCGGUUGACCAGUAUCGGGGUUCUGCUCUUCUCUCUCUGGUCUCAGAUCACUAAAUGUGAACAGGAUCCCUGCCUCUGUGGUUAUAACCACGUUCUUUACUCUUGCUGGGAGACCCGCGUGGGCCAGGAGAUGUACAAACUCACCAUCUUUGACUUCAUCAUCAUUGUUGCUGUCACCAUCUUUGUGGAGUUUCCCAGAAAGCUGAUAGUGACCCACUGUGACUGCGGCCUGGCUAAGUGGUGGGGGGAGCAGGAGUUUGCUAUUCCUCAGAACGUGCUGGAGAUCGUCUACGGUCAGACCAUCUGCUGGAUCGGCACCUUCUACAGCCCGCUGCUGCCCGCCAUCUGCACCAUCAAAUACUUCUUCAUCUUCUAUAUCAAAAAGGUGUCGCUGAUGAAGAACUGUCGCCCGGCAACACGUCCGUUCCGAGCCUCCAGCUCCAACUUCUUCUUCCUGGCCGUGCUGCUGAUCGGCCUGGCUCUGGCCUGCCUGCCUGUCACUUUCAGCGUGGCGCAAAUCAACUGCUCCCAGGCCUGUGGACCGUUUGUUAAUUACAACACCUCCUGGGAGGUGCUGCCAACUACUGUAUCUCAACUACCCACUGAAAUGAGAAACCUCCUCUUCGCUCUCUCAUCAGAGGCGUUCGCUGUCUCCUUCUUCGUGGUCACAUGUUUGGCCAUGUUUUAUGUGAUCGCACUCGCUGGAGCUCACAAGAGAGUUAUUAACCAACUGAGGGAGCAGCUGGCAAUGGAGGGCCGUGACAAGCGUUUCCUGAUCCAGAAGCUGUGUCAGGCCCAGAGGCUCUCAGCUAUUAAAUCCCCAGCAGCCUCGUCUCAGCCUCGCAGCAGCAGGAGCAGCAGGAGCAGCAGGAGCAGCCCCUGCUACCACACCAGCUUCUCCAACAAUUUCAAUGAAAGUGUGUUCCUGGCACACCCACCUCCUGACUCCUCCACACACCGGCUCAGCUGGUCCGGAACCGGAGGCAGCGUGCUGUUGCUCGGCUCAUCGAGAGAUCGGUCAGCCAAAAUGUUGAGAAUUACGAUCCGGGCAGACGUGGGAGCCCUCUGGGUUUUAUUCUGUAUCACCUAUUCCCAGUUCCUGACUGUCUCCUCUGAAGACAUAGUGGUGGCAUGCGGUGGAUUUGUGAAAUCUGACGUGGAGAUCAACUACUCUCUGAUCGAGAUUAAACUGUACACCAAACAAGGCUCCUUGAAGUAUCAAACGGAUUGUGCGCCAAUCAAUGGCUACUUCAUGAUCCCUCUCUAUGACAAGGGGGACUUUGUUUUGAAGAUUGAGCCUCCUCUUGGGUGGAGUUUCGAGCCGACCAGUGUCGACCUCCAUGUGGACGGAGUGAGCGACAUCUGCACCAAAGAAGAAGACAUCAACUUUGUGUUCACCGGCUUUUCCGUCUCAGGAGCGGUCCUGAGUAAAGGUCAUCUCCUGGGUCCAGCUGGAGUUGAAGUCAAACUGACGCGAGCAGGAACAGACGAGAAACUCCAGAGUGUCGUCACACAGCACGGAGGGAAGUAUACCUUUUUAAAAGUACUCCCUGGAAAUUAUGACAUCACAGCUACUCAUCCCUCCUGGACUCUGGAGCAGAGCGCCACCUCAGUGCUCGUCUCCAAUGCCAACGCCCCGGCCGCCGACCAUCUGGUCGUCGGGGGUUACGAUGUCUCGGGGGAGGUCCGCAGUGAUGGAGAGCCCAUGAAGGAGGUCACCUUCCUGCUGUACUCAGCCACAGUCAAGAAAGAGGACGUCAGUGGCUGUAACUCGUCCCCAGUGGAGGGGGCCGACUCUGGAGACAGCUCCCUGCUCUACCUGUGCAGCGCUCUGUCCAGAGAGGACGGCGUCUUCAGCUUCCCGUCGCUGGCCAGCGGAGAGUACACCGUGGUGCCGUUCUACAGAGGAGAGAGGAUCACGUUUGAUGUCGCUCCUUCUAGGAUGAACUUCAAGGUGGAACACAACAGUUUGAAACUGGAGCCCAUCUUCCGGGUCAUGGGCUUCUCUGUGACGGGCCGAGUCCUCAACAGUGUCGGAGGGGAGGGCGUCUCUGAUGCCACAGUGUCCCUCAACAACCAGAUCAAAGUGAUCAGCAAAGAGGAUGGAUCUUUCCGGUUGGAGAACAUGACGGCUGGUACCUACACCAUCCGGGUCAGCAAGGAGCUCAUGUUCUUUGAGCCAAUCACAGUGAAGAUCGCCCCAAACACGCCCCAACUUCCUGACAUCAUCACAGCAGGGUUCAGUGUGUGUGGUCAGAUCUCCAUCAGCCGGCUGCCUGAAGGCAUGAAGCAGCAGGGGCGCUACAAGGUCUCUCUGACCUCGCUGGGCCAGGACAAGACCUGGAGCAGGACCAUCGACUCUGAUCCCCAGGGAGGCUUCUGCUUCCAGGCCAAACCUGGAGACUACAGCGUGCAUGUGUCUCUCCCGGAGGCGGAGGUGAAGGCGGGCCUGGCUCUGCAGCCUCAGGCCCUGGAGGUGUCCCUGGUGGACCGGCCCCUCACAGACCUACUUUUCACCCAGUUCAUGGCCUCCGUCUCUGGAAAAGUCUACUGUUUAGCGUCCUGCGACGACCUGUCCGUCACGCUGCAGCCGGUGAGCCGGCAGGGAGAGAGGAGGAGCGUGGCUCUGUCUGGCAGCGGAGACGUCCUCAGCUUCUCCUUUGAUGACGUUUUACCAGGAAAAUACAAAGUGAGCAUUACUCAUGAGGAGUGGUGCUGGAAGCAUAAGUCCAUGGAGGUGGAGGUUCUGGACUCUGACGUGGUCGGGGUGGAGUUCAGACAGAUCGGCUACAUCCUGCGCUGCUCCCUCUCUCACGCCAUCACCCUGGAGUUUUUCCAAGAUGGCAGCAAACCUGAGAAUGUCGGCGUUUACAACCUCUCCAAGGGAGUUAAUCGCUUCUGCCUCUCCAAGCCAGGUGUUUACAAAGUCACCCCGCGCUCCUGCCACCAGUUCGAGCAGGACUUCUACACGUACGACACCUCGGCGCCCAGCAUCCUGACCCUCACCGCCGUGCGCCACCACAUGACCGGCCUCAUCACCACCGACAAGAUCCUGGACGUCACAGUCACUAUCAAAUCCUCCAUCGAGAGCGAGCCGGCGCUGGUGCUCGGGCCCCUGCGGAGCCUGGAGGAGCAGCGGCUGGAGCAGCAGCUGCAAGAGAUUCAAGUGCGCCGGCAGGAACGGGAGCGCCGCGCCGCUGAGGAGGACGGGGGAGGAAGAGACGACAGCCCGCCGAUCCAGGAGAAGGCCGACGAGCUGACGGGCCCCUUCCACUACGAGUUCUCCUACUGGGCCAGAGCUGGAGAGAAGAUCACGGUGACGCCGUCAUCCAAGGAGCUGCUGUUCUACCCUCCAGAGGUGGAGGCCACCAUCACUGGAGAGUCGUGUCCGGGGCGGCUGGUGGACAUCGCCGGGCGCGCCGGGCUCUUCCUGGAGGGCGGCGUGUCACCAGAGCUGCAGGGCGUGGAGAUCUCCAUCACUGAGAGAGGAGCUGCUGCUCCGCUCAUCACAGUGGCCACUAAUGACAUGGGAGCAUACAGCGUGGGUCCGCUCCACAGCGACCGGCAGUACGACAUCAGCGCCAGUAAAGAAGGCUUCGUCCUGAGUCCUGUGGAGGGAACACAGGGGGACUUCAAGGCCUUCGCUCUGGCUGGAGUCACCUUCAAGAUCAGAUCUGAGGACGGCGUCCCCCUGUCAGGCGUCCUCCUGUCUCUGAGCGGAGGACAGUUUCGCUCCAACCUGCUGACUCAGGACACCGGCCUGCUCACCUUUAACAACCUGAGCCCUGGUCAGUACUACUUCAAGCCCAUGAUGAAGGAGUUCCGCUUCGAGCCGGCGUCUCAGAUGAUCACAGUGGAGGAGGGUCAGAACCUCAGCAUUGAUAUCACCGGCAUUAAGACUGCUUACAGCUGCUACGGAGCGGUGCAGUCUCUGAGUGGGGACGCAGAGAGGGACGUGGCCGUGGAGGCGGUGGGACAGGGAGACUGUAGCCUCUACAGCGAGGACACCGUCACCGAUGAGGAGGGUCGCUUCAGACUCAGGGGUCUGCUGCCGAAUUGCAAAUAUCUAAUUCAGCUGCGAGCUGAAGGCAACGACCACAUAGAGAGAGCUUUACCACAACACAGAGCCAUAGAGGUCGGCAGCACUGACAUUGAAGGGGUCAACAUCAUCGCCUUCAGGCAAAUCAAUCAGUUUGACCUCAGUGGAAACGUCCACACGUCCCCUGAACACCUCCCAACGCUAUCGGUGAAGCUUUACAAGAGUGACAAUCUGGACAACCCGAUCAACAGCGUCUCUCUGGGACAGUCCCUCUUCUUCAACUUCCCUCCUCUGGACAGAGAUGGAGAGAGCUACGUCCUGAUGCUGUACUCCACGCUGUCCCGCUCCCAGUACGACUUCACUCUGCCUCAGGUCUCCUUCACCUCCAACGGAUACCACAAGCACGUCACACUCACCUUCAACCCCACUCGUAAAGUGCCUGACCAGGACGUUGCCCAGGGCUCGUACAUAGCUCUGCCCCUCACCCUGCUGCUCCUGUUAGCAGCUUACAACCACGAGAAGGUAAUCCCCCUCCUGUUGCAGCUGGUGAACCGUAUCCAGGGCGUGCGGAGCAUGGCCCAGGCCGGCGGGGACAACGCUGCUCUGGAUGAAGCCAAACGUCAGGCCAAGAGACAGAAGGCCCGGCGCACAUGAGGACGCUCCACGGUUCACCCUUACAUCAUCUUUCUACACUAAACGCUCCAUGUGCACCCAUGGUCCCAGCCUCAGAGAGCACAUCAACCUCUUUAGUGGCUAAUCGUGGGUGCUAGUGAAGCUUUUAGUGCGCUAAGAUGUGAUUUUGCCCCGAGUGAAGCCCAACACAAACCACUUGACGCUCAUUACCGCCACCUCAUCAGCCACUCAGACUCACUGGACUGACAGCUGACACUUUACAGGUUGUUUUUCUCCUCAUUGUCUAAGAAAAAUGUUAAUAUUUGUGAUAGAAGAUGAGCCAUUUUUAUACCUUUGUAAUUUAUCUAGGUCAACUAAACUCUUUUUGCUUGUGUUUUGAAAAGCACUUGAACGCGUCUGAUAUCAGUCCGAGCUUAGUUCAGGACCAUCAGGCACCGUGGACGAUCCUGUGUCUCACCUACCAGCAUUUGGGUCAAUUCAGACAAAGGGUUGUUCAUCAGAAUAUGACCGGAACGAGAUCAAAUCUAAUCUGAACUUUAAGUAUUUACGUUAGGAUGUUUAAAAUGUAUAGUUUAAAUUGAUUUCUAUUAGUGCUGCAAUCAUGAUUUAGUUUCAUUAUCGAUUAAUCUGCAUUUUUUGUUGGUUUGUUUGUGUGUUUUAUGCAACCAACAGUCCAUUUUAUUAUCAUAAAUGACAAAAGAAACGCAUAAUUUAAGCAGCAUAUGAACAGCAAAUGUUUGACUCAUUUGCUAUGGAAAAAAAUUAUAAGAUCAAAAUAGUUUCCAAUUAAUUUUCUGCAGCUCUAAUUUCUCUGGGAUCAGUCGGGGGUCAAUAAGAUUAAGAGCUUGUGAAAUGAUUGUCUAGUAAUUGUUCAUCAACCUUGUAAACCUGAAGAUGUUUGUGAGAAAAGAUUUGUGUUUGUCUGUCCAAAUUGAUGCCGGAAUUUCACAAAAGUGCUCAUUUUUUCAGAGUUUUUGUGCAACCUCAUUGUUGUUUUUGGACAUUCUGAACUAGAAAUCUUUUCCACAACAUUUUUUAUCUUGUCUACAAAGGAUGACAAACAACCAAAAAGCUUUGUAUUUCUUCUUAAAACUUCAUUUCACAAGCUCCAAAUCUAUUUGGCCCUUUUUAUUUGACCCUGUAGAUCUGAUAUGAAACUGAAUUAGCCCCCCAGCUGAAUUGACUUCUAUAAUGUGGGAUUGCGUAACCGCUAACUGAUUUGAAAGACGGCCAAAGAUGUUGACAGGCUAAUAAAUGCUUAAUACCUUUGUCAGUCAUGUCAUAUCACUUUAAUGUAAAACACCCACAAGUUACUGUAACACACUCCACUUCUGAAGGUGUUUUAUAAGCUCUUGGGUGUGAUGCAAGAUUGACUUUCUGUCAGUUUCAGCUCAGGAACGUGGUGGUCGAUAGGAUGCUGGAAAUUUCAGUUUGAAUACUGUGAGGAGAUGUUUUUUUUUUUUCUUUUUCUGCAGGGGUGGGAGGGUGGGGAGAUGGGGGGAUAUGAUAGUUGAUUAAUUUAUUAACAUAUGUCUAAUCAGAUGUGAACCUAGUUUGUAUGCUGGGGAAUGUCUUUCAAAAAGUGUGUUUGUGUUUUUUUUAACUGAUGUUCUGCCAGAUGAAGUGUUUUAAAGAGCAUGAAAUUUAAAGAUUGACAUCCACAGAAAGGGAGAAAUGACUGAGAAUAAUCUACAGAAGCGACUGUCAUGACCUUGAGUCAAACUGAGAUAGAUAAGGCAGAAUUGUAAUUUCAUGAGCUCAUUGUCUUACCGCUGAGCUGUGUAAUGCACUGUGAAAACUAUGGACCCCAAUUAUUUUUCUGUAUUUAAUUCAUCUGCUCUCAGUUGUGUCUGUCUGUCGCUGAGAGAUGAAAAGGCCACUGACUAUUUACUGAGUUGAAAGAUAUUCCAAUUAGUCCACAUUUAGGGGGAGUUGAUUAGUUUGGUUGGGGUGGGUGAGGGAGGAGGGUGUAAUUGUCAUUUGGUCAGAACCUGUUAAUUUCUUUUGAGAUAAUGAAUAAAGUUUGACUGGAAAGAAA